GCGCGCCUCCGGCGCGCGCAGAACAAAAACAGCAGCAGUGCCCCGGCGUCCGUGGCCAGGAGAGCAAGUCCGAAGCUGCGCUGUGCCGUGGCCGCGUGGCCAACCAAAACCCCAGCGCCGCGCGCUGGCUGACUGACACGCCGUGCUCUGCACGGCCGCGCGCUUGCGUGUGUUGGCAGGUGCGGGGGGAGGCACACGACACGCAGCCUUCCCCGACGCCCACGGACGGCGGAUGCCCCUCGCGGGCGACAGACUGCGCCGACGGCUGCACCAGGGGCGGAUAGCCCCCAAGGAGACGGAGAACACUGCACGGGGCGCCUCCAGCGGGGCGUGCGGCGCCGCCCGCUCAGUCCUCGCGGGCGGCCACGCCGGGCAGCCUCAGCGGCCCUCCCCGCCGGCGGCCCCGGAGCGGCCGCAGGGCGGCGGCACCGGCGCCGGGGCGAGCACCCUGCCAGGACAGAGGGGGCAGCACUGGCGCUUGCCCCGGGCGUGGGCGCCGCCCUGCGUCAGCCACCGCGCCGCGCACGCGGGGUGGAAGGCGUGCUUGC